ACCUCCAUCAUGAAAUUCGUGGCUCUUGCUCUCGCCCUUUUCCUGGCUGUCGGCUCUCAGGCCGCUUCCCUGCAGGCCGAUGCCCCCUCACAACUGGAUCACUUCCGCGCCGUUGCGGAUGUGUAUGCAGAGCAGGUGAGGGAGGGCGCCAAGAGAGCUCUGGAAAAGCUGGAAGGCACCCAGUACAGCGAGCUCAAGCCCAUCAUCAGCCAACGCAUCGAUGAUUUCCAUAGUCAGCUGAAGGCUGCCCAGCAGUCAAUUGCUCCCAUGACCGACAACUUUGUGAAAACCAUCGCCGAUGCCACCGUUGAUGUGCGUGCCAGCGUCCAGGCUGAGUUCGACACCCUGAAGGCUGAAAUUGAAGCAAAGAGAGAUCAGCUGAGGCCCAUCUUGGAGAAGCACUUCGAUGAAUACCGCGUCGAGCUGGAGCCCAUCCUGAAAGAGUACGUGGACAAGCACAACGCUGACAUUGAAAGCCAUGAGCUGAGGCUGCAGCCCGUGGUGGAGAGCCUGCGCCACCAAGGUGGAAACCAAUCUGGAAGAGACCAAAACUGCAAUCCAGCCCAUCGUGGAGUCACGUCCGCUCUAGGCUCACUGGACCGUCUGGAAGGUCUGAAGGCUGUCGUCGGGCCCUACGUUGAUGAAUACAAGGAUCAGCUUGCAGCGGCCUACAGCAGGGCUCAGAGCGUCGACCGUGCGCAGCUCGAGCAGCUGAGGGAGAAGAUCGCACCUCUGGCUGCAGAUAUCAAGGUGAAGGUGCAAGCCAUGUUCGAGGCCAUUGUUGCUGCUUCAACCAGAGCUAAAUCCCCUCCAACAUGUUCUUGUAACUAACCUCAGCUUCAGUUGUAGAUUGUUCUAUCUCUCUUUCCAUUCCUUUUUUCCUCACAAAGCGUUCAUCUCUGUGAACGAGGCCACUGCCUGAUCAAAGGAAUAGCGGGACUCUCAAUUGCUCAAAAAAAACAAAAAAACAAAAAACAAAAAACAACCUCUUUCAUGCACACAUGUCCAAACACAUGCAAGCACAUGUACAGUCACCACACCACACACACACGCUCUCAGCUCACACAUGCUUUGCUCUGUGUCACCACCCGAUGCUGAUAUUUUGUGUAGGAACUGUAUGUGAAUUAUCAGGAGUGCUUUACUCUCUGUGUAACAACGCUUGUCUGAUGUGAAACAGUGCUUUGAAGAAACACAGCUCAAUAAACAUCUGACUGUUUAUACCACAA